AGGCGGACACAAUCCCUCCGUCAUCAGGCCGAAAUUAAUCAUCUACUGGGAGUGUGUGGAGGAUCCAAGGCGGAGGCGAGGCUGGCGGCGAAGCGCGCGGCCCGCGCCGAGGCCCGAGAGAUCCGGAUGAAGGAGCUGGAGCGGCAGCAGAAGGAGAUCUAUCAGGUUCAAAAGAAAUAUUAUGGGCUGGAUACAAAAUGGGGCGACAUCGAGCAGUGGAUGGAAGACAGUGAGCGUUAUUCACGUAGAUCCAGAAGAAACACAUCGGUCUCUGAUGAAGACGAGCGCAUGUCGGUGGGCAGCCGCGGAAGUCUGAGGCCGCAGCCCGACCUGGAGUGGGGGGGUGCUUACGCCUGGACAAACGGUUAUGAAGGAGACUUAUGUGGAUCUCAGUCCCUGAACAGAAGAUCCAGCAGGCUCUCUUGUCUGUACAGCGCUGCCCGGCCCGCCACCAGCUACCCGGCGUCCGUAUUUGAUGACAGCGGUACCGGCGGGGCCCGGCGGGGUAGUGCCUGCGGUUCCUGUGCUCCUUCGGAGCGCAGCGGCCACCUCAACGCCGGCUCCCGGGCCUCCUCCAGAGCCAGCUCAGCGCGGGCCAGCCCAGUGGUUGAAGAGAGACCAGAAAAGGAUUUUACCGAGAAGGGCUCUCGCAGCCUGCCUGGCCUGUCCGCCGCCACGCUGGCUUCCCUGGGCGGGACUUCCUCCCGGAGGGGCAGCGGGGACACCUCCAUCUCCAUGGACACCGAGGCAUCCAUCAGGGAGAUCAAGGAGCUGAGUGAGUUGAAGGACCAGAUUCAGGACAUAGAAGGCAGAUACACGCAGGGGCUGAGAGAGAUGAAGGUACCAGGGUACGGGGUGUGGCUCGCGGUGCUAACCAGCCUAACCCCUGGGGGGCCCGCGGCCUUCACCCUGCGUGCCUGCUCCCGGGAGCCCCCAGAGCACACGUUCAAAGCCGCAGGGCCGCCGGCGUGGGCUUGCGCCGCGGGCCUUUUGAGCGUCCUCAGAAGUGCAGCGUUUGAGCCAAGACCCAGACACGAUAACCCUCAGAGCUGCAGGUGCCGUGGUCCCGAAGAUCCCCAGAAAGUACCCCCAGAAGACCCUGAGUUUAGUGUCCUAAGGGCGUUAGAGAGGCAGAAAGAGUUCUUUGAUUCCAUAAGGAGUGACCGAGAUGACCUUAGAGAAGAAGUAGUCAUGCUGAAAGAGGAACUGAAGAAACACGGAAUAGUCCUCAAUUCAGAGAUCACGACCAACGGAGAGACCGCCGACACCCUAAACAACGUCGGACACCAAGGUCCUACCAAGUUAACGAAAGAAGAGGUAAACGCCCUCAAGGCGGUGGGCGACGGGCCGCUAGAUAUUAGGUUGAAAAGGCUUCUUGACGAACGGGAAUGCUUAUUGGAACAGAUUAAGAAACUCAAAGGGCAGCUGGAAGAGAGACAGAAGAACGGAAAGUUAGACCACCUGCGUCCUGGAGACGACAUCUUAGAAAACGGGACAGACGUGCAUGUAAUGGACCUACAAAGGGAUGCCAACAGGCAGAUCAGCGACCUCAAAUUUAAACUUGCAAAGUCUGAGCAAGAGAUAACCGCAUUAGAACAAAAUGUAAUAAGGUUAGAGAGUCAAGUAUCACGUUAUAAAUCGGCAGCUGAAAAUGCCGAAAAGAUAGAAGAUGAACUUAAGGCUGAAAAACGGAAACUCCAAAGAGAGCUGCGCUGCGCAUUGGACAAAACAGAGGAGCUUGAGGUGAGCAACGGCCACUUAGUCAAGCGUCUGGAGAAAAUGAAAGCGAACCGGAGCGCGCUGCUGUCCCAGCAGUGAGCCCCAGCCUCGCUCCAGCCGGCCGGCGGACGGAGAGCACGGUUUCGGGGGCUUGCCUCCGCUGCCGGCCGGGAUUGCUGCUUCGUCCCCCUGCUUCUGAGCGACCGUCCGCGGGGCACGGGGCUCCGGUCACCCCGGAGCCCCUGCAGCCACCCGGCGCCUCGUCUGCAGACCCGCCCCGGCCGGGGCCGCCGCUCCGAAUCUGCGGGUCACUUUAACAAGCACAGCAGCCUCGCGCCGCCCUUGGCCAUGGCAAUCGAAGUAAAGGUUCAAAUGGGACUUGAGUUUUCUUUUCCUGUGUCUUGCUGAAAAUUGAGGGGAAAUGUUACAGUGUUGGGACUGCCGUUGGGGGCACGACCUACAAAUGUGAGCGACUUCAGUAGUAUCUCUUAGUCUACGCUUUUCAUACGCAAAACACUGUGGAACCACAAGCCGUUACCAAGUGAAACUCUCUCACUCGAAGCAAGGGGUCUGGAAGCAAAAAGUGACCUUAAGAAGACUCUUUCCAGGCAACAAAUGAAGCUUUUCUAAGGGAUUUUUGCCUCAGUUCAAUCACAAGAAUACUUUUUUCCAGGGUAAUUAGGCAAUAGCUCCACUGAAAAAUGACAGCUUUUCAUUUGCAUCGUUUAAUCCUUAUAUUUGGACUUGAAGUUUUAACUUCUUUUACAGAAUGUACUGUUAGAAAAAUUAAACAAUGAAAUGUUGAAAGACUUUA